AUGUCAACUCAAUACGAUUUAUCUCCUAUGGAGAGGAUGAUGUUAGCUAAAAUGGCUUUAUUAGAAGCUGAGAAAGAAGAGAGAAGGAAUAAGAAAGCUUCAAAAAGACUUGAGAGGAAAUUGAGUUUAGCAAAUUCUUUGAACAGUGAAAACUCAAUAAGAGAAGAACCCGUCGCUUCCACUUCGACAUAUACGCCGUCCAGGUCGGGUUCUUUAGCUAGACCAUCUUCUAUCCUUCGUAAAACACAGCAACAACAAUUGACGCCGAAAACCUAUAGUCGAGAACCUAUAUCACCUACUUCAAUUCGAAAACCUUCGAUUCCAUCUUCACCCGCACCGUCAUUACCUUUACCUCCUGCGCCCAUCGUCUCGUCCAAUACAGAUUUCGGUCCUUCACUCGAUUCACCUUUCUCAACUGCAUUGACAACAAAUACGAUAAGUAGACGUAGUAGUAGGGUCAGAUUCUCAGAUCAACAAUUACAACCUAAUUUCGUACCACCAAUAAGUAUGAGUCGAUCAACUUCGCUCAAAGGGUUAAGAAGGGAAUCUUCGAUAGAUGGAUUAAGAGCUGAUUUAGAUCAAGCUUCUACUUCAUUUACGUUGAAUAGAAUACCAUCAAAAGAUUCAUUAAGUAGAAGGGUGUCAUUGGCAUCGAUCGGAAGGAACUCAUUUGCAAGUUCGAUCAAUUCAUUAGAGUCGGAUCCGUUUGAUUGGGCUACAUCUUCAGUUGGUUCAAGACCAAGUGUCUCCUUCCCCCUUACAGGAUCGGAAGGGGAUUUAGAGAUCACAGAAUGUACGGAAAGAGCAGGAUUCGAACCUCAAUUAUUACCUUAUCCUAAAACUCCACCUGGAUUAUCAAGAUUGAGUAUCGAUACCACAGCUUCUUCGAUCUGGUCUGAAUCAGAUUCAUAUCAUUUGGACGAUCAAACUUUACAAGAUACCCUUGGAAGAUCGUCAUUACGUUCUUCUUUAUCAAUCAAUAUGACUAAUAAGUAUGAUCAAACAAGACAACCAUCAAAUCCAUUUGCAUUAGAAGCUAAAAUCGAAUCCUGUGAUAGUGAUGUUGGUCAUGAUGGAAAUUCCAGGAAAUCAUCUUAUACGCCUUCAUCAUUGAUUUCAUCAUCAUUAAACUCUUCUUCAUCAGAACAUGAACUAAAUCAAAAUAUAAGCAUAACCCCUUCGUCAGGUGGAAUAGGCUCGACCAACUCAUCAAUCUCAUUCCAUCUGUUACCGAGAGCUCAAACUAUUGCCUAUUCAAGUUUACUACCAAGGAGAAGAAGUUCACUUCUAUCUCAAACUCAAGCUCACACAAUGGAUCAUUUACCUAAUCUAAAUAGAGGCGAAUGGGAUGAUCCGGAACUAGGAUUAAGCCCCAGAUCAGGUCCAGUUAGAUUAGGUAGUCUAAGUGUUUCUGUUUCUGGUUCAAGAAGAAGUACUAAAUUAUCUGAAGAAAUCACACAAUAUUGUUCAUCACCUGAAGUAGAACAGAAAGAGCAAAAUCAAGAAGAUGUGCUGCAGCGAAAUAAGAGUCUAGAUGAUAUCGAUUCAUUGCCUCUUCCUCCACAAGACGAAGAACAUGAUACUCCAAAGAAAAGUCAUAACAGAUCUGAGUCAACAUUGAGCUCAAUAAUGUUCUUCCCUAUCCCACCCAACAGGAUCAUAGAUACAGAAGCCUCUACUCCCGAAUCCGGAUCCGAAUCCGAAUCUGGCUUUGAUCGUAUCGUCAAUAACGAGGAAGAGACUCUUCCAAUGUUGACAAAAGAAGAACACCCGCAAGAAGAAGAAGACACCGUCAACGAGCAGAUCAUCCACCUUCCUCUUGAAACAGCUAUCAGGAUACCUCAUAACGAAGAGGUCGAUGUGUUUUUCCAACAUCAUGAUCCAGUCGUCUCGCUCAAUUCACCAUUUACCGAUUCUGUUCCAUGCACAAUCAUACCCCAGCCUAUCGAGAUCAUUUCUCCCGAAAUGCAAGGCAUUAAAGUCCUCGAUGGCUCUGAAGAGAGGGUUCCAUAUCCUUCUAGUCCGGAGAUUGGUCAACAUCUUUCAUCCGUUCCUCGCCCUAGGCGAAACAGGAGUUACUUGGCGGACCUGGACCUAGACACCGAAGAAAGUGACCUUGACAUCUCUUCUCCUCUCGUGAAAGUCGCUCUGGACUCACGAAUCUUGACCCCUCGAUCUCGACUCGUGUCAGCUUCGCCUUCUCCCAAAGUCAUUAGACCAGCUUACAUGAGGUCGAUAAGUGCAAAUAGUGCCACUUCCACAACUUCCCUUAGAAGUGGUGUUAGUCUAACAUCGGGAAAAGGUUGGAGUGGUAGUGAAUCAGAAGAAGAAGAUUGGAUAAAUACUGUUAGAAGCAUCAAACUGCGUAAGGCAUCUAGAGGUACAAGUGUCUCAUCGUCAAUACCAUUUGGUGAAAAGAAACAAAAUCCGAAUGGAUUGACCAUCCAAAUUCAAUCAAACGACGAUGAAGAGGAAGAUGUGGUGCCAACAACUACGAAGCGAUUGUCGAUAUCCUCUAUCACCACCACUUGUUCCAAUAAAAGUGGCAGUAGAAGAGAAUCAUUGAAAAGAUUCUCACAAUUAUCGGAAAUAUCAACUGUUGAAUCACAUUUACCUUUAACUCCAUUGACGUUGGAGAUAUUGACUCCGUCGACUAUCAUUUCCCUAAGUCGUAAGAACUCGAAUACAUCCAGUAAUGGUUCUUCUCAACCUGGUAAUUUCCCUUGGGGACUAUCAUCUCCACCUAAUUCACCUAUAAGAGGUUUAUUCAUGAAUAAUCCUCUACCGUCAAAAGAAUUCCUCACAUCUUUCAGAACUAAGAGUAAAAGCAAAUCCAACUCUACACAAAGAAGUGGAAAAGAAUUACCUGAACCUACCAGAAUAGAAAACGGUUGGGGAGAACCAGAAAUCUUGAUUGAUCAACAUGAUAGUCAAGAGUCCGAGUUUCUCCUCACCGAUGAUAAUGACGAAUGUGGAUCAAGGUACAAUUCGUUGAGAGGAUCAGUUUCGAGCCUAAGCAUGAAGAGUGAUAUCAGCAUUCCAGAGAACACAUACGAUAGAAAGUCAACUCUUGUGUUAUCGCUCGGAGGUGAAGAUCUCACUCCUACGAAGCAAUACAAGGAGAGAUGCGAUAGUCCGGAAAUGUGGAUGGAUGCGGAAGGUGAAAGGAGUUUGAUGGAUGAAGAGAUGCCUGAGGACUAG